CACGAUUCGAGAGCAAGCGGGGCGGAGCUAAAGCAGCUAGUCGAAACAAACAAAAUGGAAUACAACAAAACACUGAACAGGAAGUAUUAAGAGUAAAAUAUUGCUAAUUUGGUGGUUAAUAACGUUACAUGUAAAGCAAAAAUGCGACUUAGGUCUCAGAGAACCACCGCGCCCUACGUAGCGACACCAAAGAAAUCCCGCACACCUACUAGUGGCAAAGCAACACCGAGACGAACGCGGCUAUCGGUUCCAGACGGUCCAUUCGAUGACAAGGUUGAAGAGACACAUGAUGCUGAAGAUAUUCCCACCAUGACGAGGCGACCGCUGCCCCGUGGUCGGCCAAGAAAGCGAGCCAUUGCUGCAGAUGUCACCGAAGCAGCCUUCAAGACUCCGACCAGGCCGACCUCGCACCCUGAGCACAUACUGUCUGAGAUAGACCCCGUCUCUCCUCAUAACUCCACAUCCAGGAAGAUCUACACCCCCAUUGUACGAUUCCUCACACCAAGCAAAGAGAAUUACAAGAGCACAGAAAAUAAUGUGUUGAUGAGCCCUGAACAAGGGGUAUUUGGUUAUGGCUCCGUUGAACUUCUGGUGGGAGAGGACGACGACCACAUCUUCAGUCCCUUCACUUUCAUUAAGAACCUGCCAUCACAGUCCCAAUAUUCCCAGCCCAGAUUGCCCGACAUCCCUCCAAAAACAAGGAGCACCCCUGAGGCCACGCUGGUGUUAGACCUGGAGGAAACACUGGUGUUCAGCUCUCUGAAUGUGAUUGAGAAUGCAGAAUACACAUUCCACACAGCUUUCCAGGAUAAUCAGUAUAAGGUUUACAUGAUCCUGCGACCACAUUUAACGGAGUUUCUGCAGGCCGUGGCAAAAGUCUAUGAGCUCUUUGUUUACACCUGUGCAAAGAAAGAGUACGCCGAGAAGAUUCUGGAAAUCCUGGAUCCGCAGAGGAAGCUCUUUCGCCACCGUCUCUACCAGGAUGAGUGUGCCUGUGUCCUCGGGCACUAUGUCAAAGAUCUCAGCAUCCUAGGGAGGGAUCUCACUAAGAUUGUGGUUCUGGACAACGCACCUCACACAUACCCCUACCAUCUGAUGAAUACCCUUCCCGUCAAGAGCUGGUCUGGAGAGUCGGAGGACCGAGAGCUCCACAAGCUCAUACCGUACAUGGAAAAACUGUCUACAGCGGAGGACUUUCGGGAGGUGCUGAAGAAGAGGAAGGACCACUUCCACCGGCUGCUGUCGGAGGACUGACACCACCAGAUCCUCCCACUUACCCCAAACCUCCACUUUGACGACCCUAUUUGACUCCUGCAGGUUAUGUUUGCAUUCUUCCUGCUUUGACUUUGAAAGCAGAACCCACUCCCAGUUCUCUAACGUGCCCCCCUGCUGUGUGGUGGUGGUGGUGGUGGUGGUGUUAGUGGCCUCCUGUGUCUCACUGGUGACUCUUAAUGACACCUCUGUAUUUCAUGCUGCUGCACUGUUAGGCACCCCAAACCCCGUGUCCAAAGACUCAUUCCACAGGGCAAUACCCUGAGAUGAAACUUGAAAUGUUGUACAGUAUAUCAUUUUCUUUUAAUUUAUUUGUUAUAUUGCAAAUCACAUCACUUUAUCCCCAAUUAUUUUUAGAUCCAAUUUUAAUGCAAUAAAAUAAAACCCUUAUUAGGGGGAACUAA